UUGGUUUUACUGGCAAUGCUGAGGCGGCGGUUUGGUUGCGCAGCCCCGCCUGCCGCAGGCGUUCCCCCGCUGUGGGCGGGGCCGGGCGCUGCCCACGGGCUCGUCACCAUGGGCAGCAAGAUGGCGGCCGCCACCCGAGCGGUGCAGGUAGUCAAGCCACAUACUCCAUUAAUUAAGUUCCCUGACAGAAAAAGUGGUCCCAGACCUAAAAUACAGGAAUCUCUACAACCACAUGUGCCAUCUCUCCAUGCUUCAAAAGCACAAGAGUCUAUAGGAGGCAGAUCACCAGCAUUUCAAAAUAUUUCACCUGUUAGUAGAGUACAAGGUACACCAGAUACUUCUGAAUUAGCAAGAACCUUACCUCAGAAAUACAGAAGGAAACAAAUGUCAGAUGAAGAGAUUGAAUACAUUCAACGUGGAGGUCCAGAAUAAGUGUAGAAGAUAGUUUGCUGGCCACUGCUGAAGAAUGAAGUACUAUAUUCACAAUAAAGGCAUUUCCUUAAUAUUAAAAAUUAUUGUAUACUAAUAGCUUUAAUAAAAACCCAUAUGAUGGGUGACGAGGUUGAUACAACACAUAAGAUACCAAUUUGUGACUGAGAAGGAUUCUCUGUUGGUGGGUAACUAGCAAUUGAAUAUAUAUGAUGUCUGCACAAUUAAAAUAUUUUUUUAAUUAGCCAUUUGCAAAGUCAA